AUGCGCUUCAUCCCCUUCCAUUUCACCAAGCUCGAUGAUUUCCUGGUGAAUGUCGUGGGGCCCUUCCAAGCGAGCCCGGACUACCUCCUUCUCACCAUCAUCGACAAGCUCAAGCUCGAGCAGGGGGCGGAGGAAAAAGAUUGCAUCGCCGGCGUGAUUGGGUACCUCGGGAUGUCGACAAUGAGGAGAUCUGUGGAGCUGGGGCCGGUGAUCGUAUUGCCUGAGUACCAGCGCACGCAUGUGUCGACGCACGCUAUCGGGGCAGCGAUGCGGUAUAUCCUGGAGGUCCCUGCGCAAGGCGGGCUGGGCUGGAGGCGCGUGCAGUGGACGGCGAAUACGAGCAACGCAGCGUCAGUGCGGAGUGCGGAGAGAAUGGGGAUGAAGGUCGAGGCGGCGGCGAUGCGAUGGAGUUUUUGUCUGCAGGAGGAGAAGGAGGGGAUCGUCGUCCCGGCUGAGAGGGGCGGCGGGAAGGGGCGGCAUAGUACGCUGCUCGCCGUCUGCUGGGAUGACUGGGAGAACGGAGUUCGAGAUCAUCUCGAGCGCAACGAGGCUCCCAAACCCCACGAAUCACAUAAACCCGUCGGACGCGGAACGCCUCAACCCAUGCUCAUGGGAUGCCGCAUGAUGGCGGCGUCGUGGGCGUACCCUCCGUACAUCGUCGGUGUGGGGAUGUCUCCUGCGGGCCCAAGCCUGAUGCGCCAGCAACCACAGCAACAGCAGUACGCUUCUGGCCCGCCCAGGUCGGCGUUCAUCCUGGAGUGCCGGAUUUGGCAAAAAUUCACCAACACAUUCUCGGUUGCCAGCUGCUUGACACGUUACGCGCCAAUAUUCCGCGACUACGUCAAAGAGUUCCUCUUGACUUCUAUCGCCGACGGUAUCUCAUAUGUUGAACCUCGUAUCAACUUCCGUCAUAGAUUCAUGGACGAUGCCGACGGGAAUGAUUGUGUUCCUCAUCGUGAAUGGCUCGUCAUGUUUGAUGAAGUUCUGAAGGAGGUCAAAGAAGACCUGCAGAAGCAAGGUCGUGAAGAUGAAUUCAUCGGAGCCAAGAUCAUUAAUACAACCCUUCGUUUCAUUACGCCCGAGGAGCUGACGAGGUACACCGAAGAUUGUAUUGCAUUGAAGAAGGAAUUUCCCCACCUCAUUGCAGGAUUCGACCUGGUCGGAAAUGAGAACGAGUUGAAGCCUCUAAUUGAUUACCUCGAACCUCUGUUGCAAUUCAGAGAGAGGCAGAAGGAAAAGGGCGUUGAAACUCCCUUCCUAUUCCAUGCCGGCGAAACGUUUGGUGACGGCACUGAAGCUGAUAUGAAUAUGUACGACGCCAUCCUCCUGGGCACGAAGCGGAUUGGCCAUGGUAAGGCAUCCCAGAUUAAUGGAAAUCUGCCGAGAACGGGGAAUUGCUUUGGAAGUGUGUCCAAUAUCGUACGUGAUUUGCACUGUACUCCAGGAGAGCUCACGAACAAGACGAUUCCAGCAAUGAGAUUCUUGUUGGCCUUUGGAUUGAUAGUUCGCCGUAUCAAUGACGAACCAUUUGACGUCCCCUCUGUGCCGGGAAGUCGCGCAGUCACCAUCAAGUUCAUGAUCCCCAACUCUCGGAUGGGCUCGGUCAUUGGCAAGCAGCGGGCAGUGGAUUGA